AUGGGAAUACCCUUGCGGCUAACGCCCUUUGGCUUGGAGCAGUGUGGGGUUUACGUACAACAGGACAGACAUGACGAGUACUACGAACAGCUACUGUCCCCCAGCCACAGUAGGAGUACUAGGCGGGACUGCUGCUGCGUCAGCCUGCUGCUACUGGGGGACCAAAAUGCUGGGAAGAGCGCUUUGCUGUAUUCGCUCGUGGCAUCCAGAGACCCUAGGUACACAGCACUCACGUCUCUUCUACCCAUCAUUCAGGGAGAGUUUUCGAAUCGAAGGGAGGUGAUUCCGGGAUCUGCCAUUGGCUCUGUCUUUUCUGUCGCUGAUAAGCAAUUAUGGCCAACGGCGACGUCGGCGUUAGACCCUGACUGCGCAGCAGCCAGGCUAGCUGACAAGGACGAACGGGCACAACCACACCGCAGGCUUCCAGAGGGGGGCAAGAUAACAGAUGAGACCAAUACAAGUAUUGCAGCAGUAACUGCCCUCGAAAGACUGGUGAACAGAUCCCGGGAUGAGCUUCCUUUCCUAGAUACGGACGUUGCGCGGUCUGCGGCAUUAAUAUCUGCUGAAGAUUUUGCCUUCUUUUGCAGAGAGUUCGGCAUUCAGACGGAGCAGCAACUACAGGAACAGAAGCACGGCCUGUGGAGCAAGGUUAACGCUAGCCGCUACGUACUGCUCCACCUGUUGGAAUUCGGCGGUGACCAUCUCGACCGCAUGCAGUCGUUCUACAGUCUGUAUAGUUCCCGCAGCAGUAGCAGUAAAAGCAGCAUGAACAGCAGCAGCUGCUGCGGAAAAUGCACAUUCGAUUGUAACUGCAGCACGUGUGAUCAGGCCUCUGCGGGUUCCCUACUGCUCCUGGAACAAGAUUUUGAGAACGACAGUGAAACGUUGAGGACGCAUUAUAACUUAGGAAGAGAAGCAUGUGUAAAACAAGCAACAGGGACUGGGAAGUUCGUGGAUCAAGCGCUGACGGAACCAGCAGCGCAAGCUGAGAUACCUACUGAUUCAGCAGCUCGGGCAGCCACCCUAGCGCAGUCUCUUCGCCGGUCCUUCAAACUGGCUGCUGAAGUACCGGUGCUUGUUUACUUGGUAAACUGCAGGACUAUGUUUAUCCCUUCUGCAUCCCACAAUGGGGCAGCUGCUGCCCCUUCUGCUACGACCACCGUUGAGCUCAGUGCUUCAGCCUUUCUCAAGUUGUUGCUCCGCUUGCACGCCUGUUGGCCGUUCCAUCAGCACGUGGGAAACAGGAAAAGGUCCAUACACUUUGCCUGCUCGCGCCUAUCAUGUCGUUCAGCAGAGUCUUCUGCGGUGGAUGGAGCUACAAGGGAUGUAUCAGCCAAUGCUGCAGCAGCAGGCUGCUGCUGCAGUGGCUUUGAUGAAAGAGAAAGUUUCCGCAGGGCUGUAGGAGCGUUGAAGGCAUUUAUAUCGAUUACUAGUUCUGCCAGCGCAGCAGAAGUAGGAGCGUCGAAAACUGUAGGAGCUCCUGCUGCGGAUGCUGCGGGAAAGAGCAUUGUCUCUGCAGGAGUGUCUCUUGACCAGCCCUUUGAGUCACUCUACUGCUGUUUCCUUAGAGACACUGGCAUUACCAGCGAUAGCAGGAUUACCAACAUAAGCUGGGCUCCAUUUGAGGACUGUUGGGGUGUUUCUGCGUGCGCCCCUUUGAAGGCUGUGGAUGAACAGCUCCAGAAGUGCAUCACCGUUGUCUUCUUGAAGCGGCUGCUGAAUUUUGUUUGGAGUGUUUGCUCACCCCUUCCAUUUUGCAGGAAUUUGAAUUUCCGAGGUGUAUCGGCAGUCAGAGUUUUGGAACGAUGUAGUUAUCCUCAGCGACAGCAAGGUCCGCCGACUGCGCAGGAGCAAUUGAAUGAGGCGUGGGGGCACGGUUGGCAGUUGUGUGUUGUCUCAGUAAUCGCUUUUCUGGCUCGCAUGCUCGCCCUUCUGGCUGAGGCGGAGGGACGUGACGACGCAAGCACGGAUGCAGCGACAGACGACAGGGCGGGAACACAGGUUUUCGAGCAUCCAAUGGUCAAUGAAGGGACCCUGCCAGGGAUGGAGUUUGGGCAUGAUGGAGUCACAAUUUCUGGGAAUGUGAGACCAGACAAGCAGGAAACACCGGCGUGCUCGCAGAAGGUACAUCUGCUACAGCAACCCGAUGUAAUGGCAGGUGAAGCGGGACGUCAACUCGUGUCUUUGUUCUCCUCCUAUGUUUAUUUGCACCGGCAGCAGCAGCGGCAAGUGGCCCCAGACGAAGUGACUGUCGACUUGUGGGUAUCCGCAGCCGACUGGAGAGACUUCAUUUCUGACUUUGAUCCUGUGGAGCAGCAGAUACUACAGCAGCGGGACCCGCAAUGCCCCAUUAGGGGGCGGGAGCAAAUCACGCUGCCUUCCACAGGAGAAACAGUUAUUGGUUCUGCAGGGGGAGGGGAUAAUCUGCUACUGCUUCCUGCUUCAGUUGCAGCUGGUGCAUUCACUUCCCUGGCAGCCCAUUUCGUAACCCUAGGCUGCUGUCUCCCCUGUUGUGCCAACGGGGGACCCUGGGGACCUAUAGUGGUUCAAUUGCCUGUUAACAUUCGAUUCGCGGAGAGCGAUAUUCUCCUGUUGCUACUCCCGGAAGUACUUAAAAAAAACGUAACUCCGAUCCAGCAACAGCUGCAGCAGGCUAAUUAUCACAACGUGCCACUGAAUCCGGAAGAACUACUGACGGGGAGACGAAGCCAAUGCCUUGAGGCUAUACGUCUUCCGUUUCAUCCUGCGGUCUGUGGGCUCUUUGAUAGCAUUAUCAGCAGUUGUACACGAGAGUCCCUGCCAGAAGAUUUCUGGGUGGCAGAAGCUGCAGCCAUUGUUGCAGCUAUCUCCGCGUCGCCGAGUGAAACAAGUGUUUCAGUUGCAGGUGGAGCUGAUGACGGGUACGAAAGGCCCUCAAUGCUUGCAAUAGUGCGCAAUACAAUCUGGGAGGCGGUUGUUGCUGCAGCGCAAAACGCACAGACAUUGCUGCAACAGAGAUUGCAGUGGGAAUUUCUGCAGACAGAACAGGCGAGGUCUGAACAGCAAGGGGACAUAGGCCUUUCAAAUUCUCUGCAGUUGCUGCUGCACCUAGCUGCAGAUGUGGUUCUUCUGCAGCAAAUGGCUACAGCUGCAGCUUCAGCGAAGGGUUCUCAGCAGCUGGAACAACGAUCGCGCGUAGGGUGUAGCGCAGAGCCCCACUGGCAAGUGCAUACCGGGGGCCCUUACAGCAUGGAAAAUCAGUUAUUUUGGACUGUUCGCCUGCAGGCUUCAGCUGCAGAAGCUACAGAAGCUUGCGCAGCUGCAACAACAAAUGAUUCGGCGGUAAGCGAAAAAUGCGGUGUGCAGACCACCCAUUCGGAGACUCUCAAAUGCGCGCUCGAGUCAGUUAAUCGAGACCUCGCCGUGUUGGGUUUGGUAUUGCUGCCAGCGCGGCAAGCCAUAGCCCCUUUGCUGCCCUUAGAGCCCUUAACGCAACGCUCUAACAGUUUCACUUCUUCAGUGCAUGUUACUGGACCAACAUCCGCCUUGCAUGAAACUUAA